CUUCCUAUCAACUGGCCAUGUCCUGCACCAAAUGUUUACGUUACAAUCGAGAAAGAGUUUUGUCGAUUUUCAAGUAAAAUUGCUCUUCGGAACAAUUACCUCCGUGGUUGUGUUUGGUACGUCUCUACUUUGAUCUACGGUUCUGGAUUCAGGUCUCCAGAUGGCACCUGCCUUCUUACGAAUAGCUGCGAUAAUAUAUUUAGAAUAUUUGAAUUUUCCCCUGCCUUUUCUCCUGAAGGCGAUAAAUUUGAUUUUGAUUCGGAGCCGUUGUCUGAUGAACUGGGAGAAUUAACAUCAGCCCAAAGUAUCGCCUUCUCCGGAGACGAAAGGGCCGACCAGGGCGGCAUCAUCUCAGCUCUCGCCUCUCUCCACGGCGGCGACUUGUCUCAGGGCAUUUACGCAGCGGGCUCCUUCAGUGGUUCUGUGGGAGUGUACUCUGAGUCUAUGGGGGGUCAGCGAGUUGGACCGCUGCUCCAAGGUCCGCGUUUGGGCAUCAGUCAAGUGAAGUUUGUUUGCCCUGCCAAUGGAGCGACCCCUUGGCUUCUCAUCGCCGGCGGCAGAGCUGAUGGUCAGAUAUUUGUUUGGGACGCCCGCUGGAUGCGUGACAGGGAGCCGCUUGCCGUCAUACCUCGCCGGGUAGAGAACUAUCAGCGUUUCCAGUUCGAUGUUGACUUUGCAAGGCUCGCGUACUUACUUCACCUGGUUUUCGCAAGCCCCAAAAAAACGUAUGCAUCUAUUACUUGUUGUUUCUCUGCGUUUAGUUCGGGUCGCUAUCUUUUUACCGGCAAUCAAACAGGUGCGGUCUCUUGCUUCGACCUCACUUCGCCCACCAUCGCAACCGUUGAUAGUGAAGGGAGACGUUUGCCAGGGCUGCUCCCCGCGGCUGUGUGGCUGGCCCACGAGGAUAGCUGCCACGGAGUCUCUAUUCACCCUUUCAUGCCUAUUUUGGCGACCGCCUCGGGUCAAAAACGCCUCCCGCCCUCCCUGCCGCGCCAGCAUCGCCCCGGGCCGGCCAAGCGCCGCCUGUGCGAGCAGUGCGGCAAAGAGGCGUCCGCGGCGGCAGCGGAGGAGGAGGCGGCCGCUUCCGGAAGUAACUCCUCCGACUCCGAGGACGAGACGACCUGUCGGCUGAGCGAAACAGAAUCAGUUGCUGUGACGAACCUCUACGAGGGCAAAUUGCCCCUGGCUGGACGUCUACAUCGGUUGCCAAUGAGAAAUGAAGUGAAAUUGUGGACCUUUCCGUAUUGUAAAUAA